UUGAGUUUGCGCGUUAGAUUGUAAUUUCUAACCUAUAUUUGUAGUUUUUAAAAGUUAAGAGUGUGUUUGUAGCUUGUAGUUUAUUUCGUGAUAUUAAAUUUAUAUUUUAACAUAACGUACGUGUGUUUCUAGAAGUAUGCAGUUAAAAAUGUCAAAUUCAUUUGAUAAAAAUUAUGUGAGGCAAUUAUUGCUGCAAGAAAAUGAAUAUAUUUUGAAUAUAUUUACUAAAAUGCCAUUGCCUAUGUCUGAGCUAGGUUCAGAUAAGGAAGAUAAAUUAGUGACAUAUAAUAAAAAAAAAAUAUCAGGAGACAAUAUCUUUCCAAAUUUAAUUGGAAAAGCAAAAAGAGCACAUACAUUUGAAGAAUUGCAUGCUAAAUUGGAAGGAUUAAAGAAUAUUAAACGAUUAGGAUACAAAGAAAAGCAAUUAAAAAAGAAUUUGAAAACUAAAAUAAAAAAGAUGUCAAAGAAAAAAGAACGAAUAAUGCAAAAAAGUUUAGUAAAAAUAGAGCAAAAUGUAGCUGAUUUAUCUAAAAUUAAAAAAGAAGAUAAUGAAAUACCAAAGAUUCCACGACCAAAACCAGUGUUUAAUUCAGAAGGUAAAAUGGUAUUUAGCAAAUUUGAUUUUUCUGAAAUUGACAAAAAAAAACCGCCUAAGAAAGAUGCAAAAAGAAUGUUACUCGAGGUGAAACAAAAACAAGAAAAAUUAAAAGAAAUGGAACAAUUAGGUGAAAAGGAAAAAGUAGAAGAAAUUAAAGAAAAAGACAUAUGGAAGUCUGUUUUAGCGAAAGCUAGCGGUGAAAAGGUGAAAAAUGAUCCAGAUUUACUUAAAAAAACAUUGAAAAGAAAAGAUGAUAAAAAAAAACGGAGUGCUAAAAAAUGGGAAUCUAGGUUAGAAAAUGUUCAAAAAGGAAUUCGAGAAAGGCAAGAAAAACGACAAGAUAAUAUUAUGAAAAGAAAGAAAGAAAAGAAGAUAAAUAAAUUAAAAAAAGCAGCUAAAAAGGGACGAAUAAUACCUGGAUUUUAAAUAUGACAUAAAAGAUUAUAUAUAAAUCAUUUUCAAUUUUAUUUCUAUAAUUUGAUUAAAUUUUUUUAUAUCGAAGGCAGUCGAAAAUAUGCAUAAAUAUUAUUUGCAUAAUCAUUAGAACAAGUUUUUACUAAUAUAUAAUAUUAUUCGCGUCAGAAUACAAUGGAAUUAUUUUUACAUAAAUUGAAUUUUAUGAUACAUAAUUGUCUUACUUAUGUGAUAUAUCUACAUUGUUAUUUAAUAAUAAUAAUAUGAAAAUUAAUUUUAAUAUGUAUAAUAUGUUAUUUCAUGAAUUUCAUAAAAAUUGAAUGUAGCGUUAUACAAUAUGUCAAUAUGAUGGUUUUUAAGCAAUUUAUUUACACAUUAUGAUUUGUAUUUGUAUUUGUACAUUAUAUUAACAAAUCCUUAUUUACAUGUAAUAUGACACAGUGUAUAUUAUUUCAUUAGGAAUUUUUCAUGAUGUAAAAAGCGAUCUGUCAAUAGAAUGUUGCACAAUU